AUGAUCGUCUACAAGCAUUGCGCACCAAACAUGCUCGGAAUUGACUACCCGGAUAGUGACGAGGAAGAAGUCGUUCAGGUGACAAAGCCAGAGGUGAGACUCGUAAAUGAGCUCAAGGGCCCGAUCGCUACUAAUAUAGAGUUGACCAACAUCCCUACAGCAGUUGCGCCCGCGCCAGAACCUCUUUCCGAAUCUGCGUCCCUCCAACAGCCUUCUGCUUCCUCAGGCCCAGUGAAUGGUCCCGCUCAAGGCCCGACAGUAUCGCCGCCACCUACAGAAGAUGAUUCGCCAAACGAUGCUGCUCCAGGCUCACCUUACACAACCACUCGCGCCUUGAUCCAGAACCUCACACUACCUACCGUACCGAACUUUGAUAUACCGCCUUCACCGCCGGGAUCGCCGCCUCAAAGAGCGACGAAGAAGUUUGCGCAAUUCCUAGAUCUCAAGAAAAAAGGACAGCACUUCAAUCAACGUUUGGAAGGCUCCUCAGUGCUGCGCGAUCCUGGACACUUGCGAAAGUUGCUGGACUUUGCGGGAGUCAGCGAGGAGGAUGCAUACGCUUCUACGCUAUCAGAUGGCGUUGCGAUACCAUCAGUCUUUCCGGAGUGGGCUUAUGUGGAGGAAUUAAAGGCCUCACAGAAGGACCUUGCGAAAGCAAAGGAGCAGGCCAAGUCUAAGGCGCCAAGAGAGGCUGUCGAAUUCGUCUCUGCAUCAGCCUCUACAGGAAAGCGCAAGGAAUUAGAGCAUAGGGGACGAGACGAUGCGAGCUUGAAGAGCUCAAGAUCUCCAAAGAGGAUACGGUCAAAGUCGAAGGAGCGGAAGUAG